UUGGGGACUAUUAUAGGCAUGAUGGUUUCUUGUUUAAGAAAAAUAAGUUGUGUGUGCCUGUUUGUUCCUUGCGUGAAAUGCUAGUUAGAGAAAGUCAUGGUGGUGGAUUGAUGGGACAUUUUGGGAUAAAAAGGACCUUAGAAAUAUUGCAUGAGCAUUUUUAUUGGUCUAACAUGAAGCAUGAUGUGCAAUCGGUCUGUGACAAGUGCAUAGCAUGUAAACAAGCUAAAUCUAAAGUCAUGCCCCAUGGCUUCUAUACACCUUUGCCUGUGUCUAAUCAACCCUGGACUGAUAUUUCAAUGGAUUUCGUGUUAGGAUUACCUCGAUCUCAAGGUGGCAAAGAUAGUAUAUUUGUCGUUGUUGAUAGGUUUAGUAAAAUGGCACAUUUCAUUGCAUGCUCUAAAACCAAUGAUGCAACACAUAUUGCUGAUCUGUUCUUUAAAGAGAUAAUGCGCUUGCAUGGAUUGCCUAGAACAAUAGUAAGUGAUAGGGAUGUAAAGUUCCUAAGUCAUUUUUGGAAAACUUUGUGGAAUAAACUAGGAACAAAACUCUUAUUUUCUACUGUUGCACAUCCUCAAACGGAUGGACAAACUGAAGUAGUAAAUAGAACACUUACUACCUUGUUGCGUGCUAUCAUUAAAAAGAAUUUGAAAAAUUGGGAGAAAUGCUUGCCACAUGUUGAGUUUGCUUAUAAUAGAACUGUUCAUUCUACUACUUCUUAUUCUCCUUUUGAAGUUGUGUAUGGCUUUAAUCCUUUGACUCCUUUAGACAUCUUACCUUUGCCUACUAAUGAGUGUACCAAUUUGGAUGGUAAGAAAAAGGCGGAUACUAUUAGGGAAUUGCAUGCAAAAGUUCGAGCCAACAUUGAGAGGAAGAAUGAGCAAUAUGCAAAGCAAGCAAAUAAGGGGCGUAUUAAAGUUAUUUUUGAACCAGGAGAUUGGGUUUGGGUUCAUAUGAGGAAGGAGAGGUUUCCCACUCAAAGAAAAUCUAAGCUGCAAACAAGAGGAGAUGGACCCUUCCAAGUUCUAGAGAAGAUCAAUGACAAUGCCUACAAGUUGGACUUGCCAAGUGAAUAUGGUAAUGUAAGUGCUACCUUUAAUGUGGCUGAUCUAUCUUUGUUUGAUGUAGGUGAUGAAUCUGAUUCGAGGACGAAUCCUUUUGAAGAGGGAGGGAAUGAUAGAGACGCAACCAAUGAUAGAGACGCAACAGAAUCAUCAACUGGAUGCGCUCCACCCAUCGCCGUGCCUCCUCCUGAGGUUGGAUUGGGAUCCAUGGUCGAGGAUGAUGCAUCCGCCAUUCCCACCAUGGAAGUUACUGUAGAGGUCGUCUCCUUCAUUUCUGAGAUUGCAGGGAUGGUGUUCAGCAACGACACCCUCCUCACCAAGUACAACAAAAGAGCAACCGAAGCUGGUGGAGCUCAUCCCUUACCUAGAAAGGGACCUAGACCGGCCUCGACUUCGAUCCCUACGGAGGCCAGGGAUCUUGAGGCUGGGACUUCCGACCUCAUUCAGAAGAACAGCAAAAAGAAGCACCACCACGAAAUUGACGUGUUAGCUUCCGCGAUAGCUGACUAUCAAAGCCUGGCUUGGAGGAGCCAGAAAGGACAAGAGCUCGCGAAUAAAAAGCUCGCUGAAGCCGAGGCCAAGUGGAAGGAAUCCACCGUGAGGGUGGAGGCUGCCAAGUUCGAGCUUAAGUUCAAGACCGAGCGCCUUGAGGAGGAAGCCUCGCAUGCUCUCACUAGGUCGGCACUUCGUGCUUCCAAGGCAUGCUUAGUCGACACCCAGUUUGAGCUCGCAGGCCAAAAAUACGAGGUGGGAAUCCUACGGUUGAAAGUUAAGCAACUAGAAGCUCGAGAGGAGAAGGUGAUAGAACAGGCUCGGAAUGCGGUGCAUAUUUUUUGCGAGUCGGCCGAGUACCGAGAGGAGUUGGAGGACGAGGCUGUCGAUGGGCUUAUUCGCGGCUUCGAGGAUUUUCGGGGUCAGGUGCAAAGACUUUGUCCCAAGAUGGACUUUAGCAACCUUCAGCAUCGUUUGUUCGAGGCCGUUGAGGAUGAUGGUGCGCCCGAGAGUCCCGUCCCUGUGGUCGUUGAGGCCUAG